UGUGUGUGUGUGUGUGUGUGUGUGUGUGUGUGUGUGUGUGUGUUUCUGCCAGCCUCUCAUCCAUCUUUCUUUUUCGCUUUCAACUGUUUCCCGCUCUUAGUUUUUCGGGCUUCUUUCUCGAAAUCAAUUCCUUUUUUUCUUUUUAAUCUUCCCACCUCUAGUAAAGCUGUAUACACUUAUAAUAUCAACCAACCACGUCCAUGUUUCUCUCCUUAUUGUUUCUGUAGAGUGUCUCCGCUGCAGAAGUCUGAGAUUGUGGACAUGGUGAAGAAACACGUGAAGGCCAUCACGCUGGCGAUCGGCGACGGUGCAAACGACGUGGGCAUGAUUCAGACGGCUCACGUCGGAGUGGGGAUUAGCGGCAACGAGGGCAUGCAGGCCACCAACUCUUCCGACUACUCCAUAGCACAGUUCUCCUACCUAGAGAAGCUGCUAUUGGUCCACGGGGCGUGGAGCUACAACCGUGUCACCAAGUGCAUCCUCUACUGUUUCUAUAAGAAUGUGGUCCUCUACAUUAUAGAGCUCUGGUUCGCCUUUGUGAAUGGGUUCUCUGGACAGAUCCUCUUUGAGCGCUGGUGUAUCGGCCUCUACAAUGUGAUAUUUACCGCGCUGCCCCCGUUCACUCUGGGGAUAUGUGACCGUCCGUGCAGCCAGCAGAACAUGCUCCGCUUCCCACAGCUAUACCGAAUCACCCAGAAUGCCGAGGGCUUCAACACCAAGGUGUUUUGGGGUACCUGUAUCAAUGCACUGAUUCAUUCAGUUAUUCUCUUUUGGUUUCCACUCAAAAUGUUAGAGCAUGACUCUCCGUUCAGUGACGGUCAGGGAAACGACUACUUGUUUGUUGGGAACAUGGUCUACACAUAUGUGGUAGUUACAGUAUGUCUGAAAGCUGGAAUGGAGACCACCGCUUGGACCAAGUUUUCCCACCUGGCGGUAUGGGGAAGCAUGGCGCUCUGGAUGGUCUUCUUCGCCGUCUACUCUGCAAUCUGGCCCUCCAUCCCCAUCGCCCCCGACAUGCUGGGCCAGGCUGGCAAGGUGAUGCAGUGCUGGUACUUCUGGCUGGGCCUGGUCCUGGUGCCAACCGCGUGUUUAGUCAAAGACUUCGCCUGGGCCACCACACGGCGCACUGUGAGGAAGUCUCUGCUGGAGGAGGUGCAGGAGCUGGAGGCUCGGGCGGUAGACCCGGGGGCAGCUGUACUGCGGGAUGCCAGCGGCCGCAGUCUAAACGAACGGGCCCAUCUGCUGACAAGAGUCUUUAAGAAAACGCCUUCAGGCGUGGGACGCUCGAACUCGGUGCAGCAGACUGUGUCACAUGGCUAUGCCUUCUCUCAAGAGGAGCACGGUGUCGUGUCUCAAUCCCAGGUAGUGCGCUCUUACGACACCACCCGCCAACGCCCCAGCAUCUAGCGCGACCCCUGACCAAGGCUUUGGCUCACCAUAGCAGCGGUCAUCAAGGUGACAGCGGAGACAGACUUAUGUGACACCCUCACACCGGGUGAUCCGACCCCCUGCUGUGGCCUUAAUGGAACUGUGACCUGACCCCUCGCCGGAGGAGGGUGUCACGUUCAGGCGUGGAGGCCGUCGCUGGCGCAUUGAGGAUUCACUUAAGAGAAGGGACCAGGUCGACUUUAUGGGAAAAUAAAAAAACAUUCUUCAAACUCGCAUAAGCUGCACAGGCAUGAGCAAUCAUAUCCAUGCACAGACAUGACAAGUCAAACUCAGAGACUGGCUGCUCUUAACUGUAUACCCCACAGACUGGGUUUGCUUCAUGCCACUGUGUAUUUAUCUGUGUGUGUGCAUUCCCGUGCGUCUGUAUCUGCCUGUGCAUGUACGUCUGCACGCGUUGGCGCUCCUGUGUUUGUUUGCAUGUGUGUGUCGGCCCGCGCGCGUUUGCUUCCACGGUUCUCUCUCAUCUCCCUUCGUGAGGUGGGUUUAGCUCAUCUGUCAUCACAUGCCGACGCGGGACGGGAGGGGACGUCAAAAUAAACACACACGCACUGAUGAAUUCCUGAGAGAGAGAGAGAGAGAGAGAGAGAGAGAGAGAGAGAGAGAGAGAGAGAGAGAGAGAGAGAGAGAGAGAGAGAGAGAGAGGACCGCCGGAGCUCUGAACCCCAGCUACAGCCCCCCCGUCCCAUCGCAGCACCGAGCCUCACUGCCAAACACCACAGAGAUGCCCUUGAGGCAGAACGCUCAUGCCAAACUGGACCACCGCCCUGCUGCGUCCCCUCCUACCACACUGGGGGACGUCCUCUUGCUUGUCUCUACUUGUACCUUCAUUUCUUCCUUCCUUCUCCUAGCCGCUCUGCAGCCUCCACGUCUCUCCUCCUCUAUAGCGCAACUCCUUGUCUUGGCCAGUUUUUAAUAAUCCACUCUGUUUCCUGUUGUUUGUGACCGCUCCUGUGAUUCCUGAUGCCGCCUGUCGAGCAUCAUCAGCUGACACAGAAGCAGCGAGCCUGGCAUUAGAGCUUCCUCCGUCAGUUUUCUUGGACUGUUUCUUUCUUUUUUAUUAUUAUUAAAGUUAACGUGUAUGUGUUUA